AUGGUACGCGAUCUUCUUGGACUGACUGCCGAUCAGCAGGGUGAUGUGAGGAAAAACUGCUUGAGGAUCGGUUGGUUGAUCACUAACUUUGGCAACUGUGCCCAGUUGGACUCAUCGGCGGAGGAUUUUGAUGCGCAGACUAUCUUUCACAUCAGGGCACAGCUACUGUGUGUUAUUGGAUCGUUGUUUCCUGAUGGCAGCGGGAACUAUGUGAAUCUCAACCUCCUUUGGAUAGUACGUGACUUGCAGAGCCUGGAUGGUUAUAGCUGGGGGAGUGUUGUUCUUACAUACCUUUAUAGGAAAAUGUGCGAUUCCACCCAUAAAGUCGCAACCGGCCUCAUUGGCUACGCCACGUUAGUACAGGUGUGGAUAUACGAGCGGUUCCCUACAUUAGCUCCCCGACACACGGCCACACCCCUGAUUACCUACCCACUUACGCUAAGGUUUUUAAUAUGCUACUCUUCUCGUAAUCGCAAUAAGUUUGUGCACAUGUACUAG